AGCUCUCGCGGCCAUGGCGGCAGCGGCGGCGCAGAGGCUCCUCGCGGCGAGCACGAAGAUCGUCGGGGCCGGGCGCAACUACAUCUCCCGCGCCAAAGAUGCCAGCAAUCCUGUCCUCAAGGAACCGGUCCUCUUCCUGAAGCCCACGUCGUCAUUCCUCCACGCCGGUCCGGCCGCCGGGCCCAUCGAGGUGCCCGAGCCGCUCGAGUCGCUGCACCACGAGGUCGAGCUCGCCGUCGUCAUCUCCCGGCGCGCGCGCGACGUCCCCGAGGCCUCUGCCAUGGAUUUCGUGGGAGGUUAUGCACUUGCUUUGGACAUGUCGUCAAAUGAUCUGCAAUCCGCUUCUAAGUCUGCAGGUCUUCCGUGGACUUUGGGUAAAGUACAGGACACGUUUACUCCAAUUAGUGCGGUGAUUCCCAAGUCAGCCAUCAAGAAUCCCUAUGAUCUAGAGCUCUGGCUAAAGGUAGAUGAUGAACUUAGGCAGAAGGGGCUUACAAGUGAUAUGAUAUUCAAGAUUCCUUUUCUGAUCAGUUAUAUAAGUUCCAUCAUGACAUUAAUGGAGGGUGAUGUGAUAUUGACAGGUACUCCUCCAGAUGGUGUAGGCCCUGUCCGAGUAGGACAGAAGAUCAAAGCUGGUAUAACUGACCUCAUUGAUGUAGAGUUCGAUGUUCAGAGGCGCAUACGCCCAUUUUCUAGCUGAUUUAGUACGCACGAACUUAUGGUAUGCGGCAUAUUGUUUUGGGCCGUAUAUGCUAUAUUAUGUGGUGUUGCUUGACUUGAUCUGAAUGCAAGAAAAUAAUUAAGGUUGGAUGCCUAUUUGUGCAACUAAAACAAUGGUUUCGUAUUACCAAAUUCAUGAAAAC